AUGGGUUCCCCUCCCGUUCACUACCUCUUACCAAUCUUUCCUGGAUUCCAACUCCUUGACCUCGCGGGCCCGCUGGAUAUCUUGAACCUACUUUCAACUCAACUUGACCCGGACAAGUAUCCACUAUCUUUGACUUUCAUCGCUGAGACACGGGACCCGGUGCCGGUCAAGCCUUUGCCCACCAAAUCGGCCGACUGGACAUUCGACCUCGCGAGCGCGUUUCCCAAGACAAACGGCAGAGUUAACCUCAGCUUCAAUGAGUAUUUGCAACCCGACACCACAUAUGCGGACUAUCUGGAAGCCCUCAAUUCUGGAAAACCAGGAGCCCGGGUUGACGUCCUCUUUAUUCCUGGCGGCGUCGGUACACGACUGAAGCGCGUUAGUCCAGAUGGCAGCAAGACAUCCAACAUUCAGAGCCUACUCGAUUUUGUCCCAAAAGUGGCCCCCUACGUAACCACCGCCAUCCUGACAGUUUGUACUGGAUCUGAUGCACUUGCGCAGACUGGUCUGCUCAGUGCUCGCCGCGCCACCACCAACAUGUCUCGGUGGGCAGAGGUAACAGCAAGGAAUCCUAACGUUUCGUGGGUAAAUUUUGCUCGGUGGGUCCGAAGCCUCCCAUCUGAAGCACAAGGCAACAACAGUCUCCCAAUCGAGAUCUGGACUUCGGCAGGGAUUAGUGCAGGGAUGGAUCUGACCUUGGCGUUCGUCGCGCAAUAUUAUGGUGGCCGAGACGUGGCAAGAGGCCUGGCCAAGGCUUUGGAAUAUGAUUGGCGCGAAAUCGCAGAGGGCGAGAUGGAUCCCUUGUAUGAGAAAUAUUACGCUGAUUGA